AUGUCCACCGGGGGUCCCUGUCUUUGGGUUUCUUCUCUGUCUGCACAAAUUCCCUCAUCACUGUCCGCGGUUCCAUCUCAUCUGGCUGCGGUAUCUCGUCACGCAGAACGGGUUUCUGCGACGCCGCGACGAAUUCUGUCGAUGCCACAACUGCCCAGGCAGGAGAGUCAUCUCGCGCACAUCAAUAAGUCAAUGGCAGAGAUGCAACGUCCUCUCGUGGCCGACAAUGCUUUGCCCAACCCAAUGCCGGGUCUGGAACGAUCGGCGGAGAUGGGAAGCUACCGUGAUGGAGUGUCGGCGUCUCGACAGCUGGCGGAGAAACCGCCUGUUGAAAUGAGGGAGAUGAGGUUGCCUCAAAUCAAUCUCAACACCCGCGACGACGGUCACGCUGAUCAGGCGGCCUCAAUGCACCCGGCCGGGACCGAUCGUCCUACAGAUGCCGUGCACGCUUCACAAAUGGAUUUUGAAAAGCAUGGUGAUCAUGAUCAUGAUUCCCCCAGCAGUCCAGUCGACGACAAGGGCGAGGAGGCGGAGGAGAAUGACGACAACCAGUCAUCCAUUAUCGAUAAGAAAAAGAUGAAAAGAUUUCGACUCACGCAUAAUCAGACUCGUUUCUUGAUGAGCGAGUUCACCCGUCAAGCGCAUCCUGAUGCUGCUCAUCGUGAGCGCCUAUCAAGGGAAAUCCCCGGACUAACACCCCGACAGGUUCAGGUGUGGUUCCAAAAUAGACGUGCCAAGUUGAAGCGACUGACCACAAAUGACCGCGAGAGAAUGCUGAAAUCACGAGCUUUACCGGACGAUUUCGAUACCACAAAAGUCUUGCGCACGCCAUUUGAAAGCAAAUCCAUCAUUCCAAAUCCCAUGGGCACUCCACAUGAUUUUGGAGCUCCAAAUCCUGAUUUCGCCUCUCUGAGGGCUCUUCGCACCGACUGCUUCCCCAGACCCAAUGAAGACGAGUAUAUGACAUCCCCUCUCAGCUCCGCAUCCACUGCUGGGACCUACAUGUCCUCUGCUGGACGGAGUGACGGGCUGCCUAGCUCCGGGAUGAUGUUCGGACGCCCGACAGCUUCAGCAUCAAUGUCGGAUCUGCAUAGAACCAUUCGCAACGACUAUUCCAUUACCCGAUCCAGCAGCUUAUCGGAUGGAUCCUCACAUCCCGCUUCUUUCCAACCCACUUUACACAUGCAAAAUCGAUAUGCCUCUACAACACAUUCAGGCCUACCAUACAUGCGACAGCCUGUCAUGGACUUUACAUUCCCGCGCCAUUCGGGAUCAAUGAUACCUCACUUUGAGCAACAACAGCCCCAACAGCCUUUCGAGGGCUCUGUGUCGCCUACAAACUCGAAUGGACAGCCCAUCGGCUAUGACAUGAACAAUAUCAACGCACAUCCGAAAACUUACCAGCCCCAACAACAGUAUCCCAUGUCGGCUCUCAAACCCUACGGGGCCCAUACCACGGGUUCCCAGAUUCAACCGCAAGGUCUCACCAUGUCUGCCGUACAUUCCCUUCCCGCCUCUACCCAAGCUUUCCGACCUUACUCAUACGCAACCACCUCGGCUCCCUUGAGCAGCAUGCCAUACGCCACAGCAAAUACAUCCGCUAUCAGCCUUCCUGCCUCCUUCGGCCCAACGGACGCCAACGCAGCCUCUCAAGAUGUGGUCCCGCAACAAUCACAGGGUGUCGAUUCACUUUGUAACAAACUUGGAAGCCAAUCUUACAAUUCCUACUCCAGUUACCUUCAACAAUAG